AUGAACUACUUAUCUCCAAUGCAAAUACCAUCUGAGGAUAAUGAGAAAUCACUGUCGACUGUACAGUCAGAUUAUAUAACUUUGCGCGAGGAUGAAAACCGGCUGAGACGAAAAAAACAUUAUUUUUUAAGUAGAUUUUUGAUGAUUACAUUGUCCAUUGUAUCGAUUAUUUCAUGUCUGUUUACAAUGUUCAGUAAAAAUUUCCUGAAAUUCGAUGUUUUUGAAUCAUCCAGAUUUUGUAAAAAAACUCAAUUAGAUUGUAUUGAAACCUCUCAUACAUAUCAUUUCUCAUUGUCAGAUCAUGAAAAUGGAUUGAUGGUUUUAGAGGACUUCAUUAACAAUGGAACAAAUUUAUUAAAUUCAGAGAAGCUUAGAAAUACUUCAAUAGAUCAGGUGGAGAAAUUAAAAGAUCUAUGGGCAAACUUGAAAAUGAUAUGGCCACUAGAUGCGUUUACUUCAGUUUAUGCUGGCUUCUUAGUAUGCACGAAGCAGCUUAAAAUAACAGGUCAAGACACAAUCAUUUUACUCACUUUGAUUGUCAUUCUUAUAGGAAACGGCAUUAUACGUGUAGUUGAAACUGAUGUCUACUAUAAUUUAUCAUUAAAAAUAAACGAAAUAAAACAGUUGUUAAAUUAUGCAUUCUACGAAAAAUCGUUAAACGGACAGGUACAAAGAACGAUUAUCUCAUGUUUUAGUCCACAAGAUGCUCAUUUCGGAUUGUUGGCGGCCAGUGUAUUUCUAACUGUCCUUCAAAUUUCAUUUGUUAUCGACAAUUUGGACCAAACGUAA